AUGGAAGAACCUGUCGUGAAAGUUUGCAAUUUGAAGCUAGUGUUACUAGGAGAGUCAUCUGUAGGAAAAUCUUCCAUUGUAACCAGAUUUGUUACUGGCAAGUUUCAAAAAAAUAAUGCUACGAUUGGAGCUGCAUUCACUUCUAAAUCCAUUAAAUUAGACGAUUACAAAGAAGUUAACCUGGAAAUAUGGGAUACUGCUGGUCAAGAGAGGUACAGGUCUUUGGCUCCAAUGUACUACAGGGAAACAGACGUUGCCCUCGUUGUUUUUGAUGUCACAAAUAAAAGAAGCCUGGAAAGGGCACAAAGCUGGAUAGAUGAAUUAAACUUUUAUAUUGUAUCAGAAAGGCAGCAUGCUGUCAAAAUAAUGCUAGUAGCUAAUAAGGCUGACUUGAUAACUGGUAUGGAUAUUGAUACAAAUGUUGAUUUAUCCUUCACUAAAGUAAGUGCGAAAACGGGAGAAGGUAUACAAGAAUUGUUUGACCAAAUAUUGUCACAAAUACCAGAGGACAGUUUCAGGUCGCCAGAUCACGAUAAUAAGAAUGUUAUAUCAAUUAAUAAAGAUAAUGCUACCUCGAAUGUAAGCUAUUGUACGUGUUAA